GGAAUGAGGCCACAUUACAACAGAUCGCUGUCAGCUGGUCUGUGUGCGAGACGUGCAAACUGAUCUCUUCUCUGACAUAUGCUCAAGGCACUAUGCUCAGUCACACAUUUUGCAGUCCGUCAGAAACCAGGUUUUCUUGUGGUUACAAGCUUGAUAUGAAUUCACCAAAACCAGAACAGGAGAAGCUGUCUCUGACAAAUAACAAAGACAGCUACAAAUGCCGACAGUCUCAUUUCGACAAUGAUCUAAAUUGCCCUGUCUGCCUACAGACGGCUACCAUGCCAGUGGAGACCAACUGUGGCCACUUAUUUUGUGGAUCCUGUCUGAUGACCUACUGGAAGCAUGACCCCUGGUUAGGAGCUAUGAGUUGUCCUCUUUGCAGACAAAAGGUUGUUCUACUUUACAAUGAUUUCUGGGAAAAUCAGGCAGACAAGCUGAGCAGAGACAUUGUGCAUGACAUACGACAUUACAAUAAUCGGUUCUCUGGAAAACCAAGACCUGUCACAGACUACCUUUAUGAUAUGCCAUCACUGCUGCAUCUGGGUUUGAGAAGAAUCUUCACUAUGGGUGGACUUGUGUGGGUCUUUUGCCUUAGGAUUUUAGUGUGCUUAUUUGGAGCAGUCGUUUGUUUCUCUACCCCAUUUGAUGUAAUCCCAGACCCCAUGUGUGGAAUCCUCAGUAUUAUUGAUGACCUAGUUGUAGUCUUCCUUCUUUUAAGUUGCAUCAUAAACAUUUUCCAGCAGCUUUCUCAGGAAGGCAGGAGCAUAGGCCACUCUACAUCUGAAAGCAACAUGUCUGAAUACUGACCGGCUAACUAUUACAUAUAUAUAUGUAUUUAAAUGGGUUUUCACCUCUAAAUUAACUUAGUAUUAUGUAGAGAGUGCUAUUCCAUGACAAUUUGCAAUUGGUCUUCAUUUUUAUUAUUUGCCAGUUUUCAAAUUAAGUAAUUUUUGUUCAAAUUAAGCUUUUUGAUCAGCAGCUCUUCAUCUUGGAAUUUCCGAAGCUAUCCGGUUGCAAGUGUCCAAUUUUACCUAGCAACCAGGCAGUGGUUUGAAAGAGAGACAGGAAUAUGAAUAGAGAAGGGCCUAAAUUGAAUGAUUGAAAGUAAUACAAAUUCUAAUACAAUAUAAAAAAUUAAGAACUUGCUAAAGAAUAGCCCAUUCUAUAACACUAAGAUAACCUAAAGGUGAACCACCCCUUUAACAUUACAUACAUUUAAGGUUGAAGAGCAACCUAAGUGAUCAGUUUGUAUGGCGAUGACACGCACAGAGAAAACAUUUCAUUGCUCUAUAGAAACAUGUCAACACAUCCAUUUUAUACUGUAAUUACAAUAGAAGUAGAAGUGCCAUAUUCAUUACUGGUGCAGAUGCAGAGAUAUUAGUGCUUAGCCACAUUUAUCAUGCAUUGCCAGUACCUUGCCAUGCAAGGACUUGGCAACAGAGACAGAAGGACCAGCAACUGCUGAUAAUCAAGAAGUAUUAAUGAUCCUUUAGGGGACCGGGUGCAUUGGUGGGUGCUGGAUGCAAUAAAUGGCAGUCUCCAGUAACUUUUAGAUCUUGUAACCACUGCCAGUUUUCAUUCUGAAUUUACGUUUUUAGUUUUCUAAUUCUAACAGCAAAGUGAAUUCAUAGGGGUAUUCCUCUUAGGUUCUAUACUAUUCUCUAAUAUAUUAAUAAAUCCAUCACUACUUACUGUACACAACAUUAGAGAAAAAAAUAUACAUACAAUACCGUAUCUGGUAUGAACCUCCCGGUACAACAACAUUGUUCCUUUAUUUUUUAAUGCUUUGUUUUUAAUGGAACGUAAUAACAACAGUACUGUCUAGGUGAAACCAUUGCAUAGUACCAGCACAAGUAGAAUAAUACCUUUUCUUUGGGAAAAAAUAUAUUGUGACAAGGGGAAAAUCCAUUUAACCCUUUACAUUGUUUAACUACAUUAGUUGUAUUUCUUGUAAAUCCCUCCAAAGGGAUAUAUAGAAUUUAGCACUGAUAUAAUUUAAUUUGAAUUAAUUCAUGAAUUUUAAAAAUUAAGGAAUGUAUAAUGUAUAAAUGCACUUCAGUAUUGAACACAUUGAUGUACUUGUAUGCCAUGUUACAGGGUGUAUGUACACACUUUUGUAUUUAUUAUAUCAGAUUUGUACAUUGUGGGUCAUGCAUGUAUUUUUUCAAUAAAACAUUCAAAGACCA